CUUAGUUAAUGGUAAGAAACCAAAUGUGCAAUGAGACAAGAUGUUAAUAAAACUAUCACUUAGUGUCUUAUUUAGUUUAUGGAAAAGUAGAUUUCGGUGAUAUUUUAAACGUGUAAUGUUAUUACAGGUAUUUUGUAAAAUUGAGUUAAAGAAAUCACGAAAACAUUAAACAUAUUGUAGACUUAAUAUGUGAUUUAUAGUUAUGUGCUUGUACAUUUUAUAAUAACACUGAGUUGUUUAGAUUGUAGUGUACACACAGUGUAAACAUACAUCAGUUAACCAAAACUAACUUUAACAGUCAUACAUGCUCUCUGCCAGGGCUUAUUAAUUGUAGUGAAGGUGCCAUGAAAUAAAUUAAAGGAUGAUGAUGGGCGAUCAGUUUCGUAGCAAAGUGGAACAAUAUUCACCAAAGUCAUCACCCAGGGGUGCACGAUCCCCUGUUGUUUCACGUCAAGAUUCAACAGGGACUCUUAAAACAACCAUUUCCCUGGGUAAAAAUCCUUCCAUUGUCCAUAGUGGUCCAUUUUAUUUAAUGAAGGAACCCCCAGGAGAAAGUGAACUCACUGGGGCAACAAACUUAAUGACCUAUUAUGGACUAGAACAUUCUUAUAGCAAAUUCAGUGGGAAAAAGUUAAAAGAACAGCUUUCAUCAUUUCUACCAAAUUUACCUGGAAUCAUAGAUAGACCUGGACAUUUGGAUAAUAGUUCACUAAGAUCUGUGAUUGAAAAACCUCCAAUAGGAGGAAAAGACUUAAUACCGUUAACCAGUGUUCAAUUAGCUGGUUUUCGUCUACAUCCUGGUCCUUUGCCUGAGCAAUAUCGUUAUGUUAACCAAGCUCCACAAAGAAAGCACAAAAACAAACAUAAAAAGCAUAAACAUAAACCAGGAGAACUACCUAGUGGUCAAGAGGCAACAACUACGGACAUCGGUGGCUCAGAUACCCAUGAGAAAAAGCAUAAAAAGCAAAAACGACAUGAUGAAGAAAAAGAAGCUAGGAAAAAACGUAAGAAAGAGAAAAAAAGAAAAAAACAAAAACACAGCCCUGAAUAUAGUGGUGGUUUAACACCAUCUCAACAUUCCAACUCGUGAUCUUCAAUUUCACCUUUUCUGUUUAUAUCUAACUUUUGAUUUAACAUCACAAUUUUUAUAGCAAAAUCUAAAUUUAUUUUUUUCGUUAAGUUAAUUGAUCUAAAAUCGCUUAAUUUCAUUAGAAUUAUCUGUAUACAUAUCUUUUCUUUAGAAAUUAUUCUUUCUUUUCUUUAGAAAGAAAGAAUUUUACUAUUUUGAAUUCGAAAGAGGAAUGCCGAAAAUUUCAUCAUCAAAAAUCACAUAUCUAGUUUUAGAAACAUAAAUGAUGAAAAUAGAUGCAUAUUGCAGUGCUGUAUAAUUUUAAAUAACUGAUCGCUUAAUCAAUGUCACUAGAAUUAUUUGUACACGUAUCUUUUCUUUAGAAAAUGUACACAUGUUUUGAUAUUUGAUUUUGAUGUUUGCUUUUAAUCUUUCGAAUUUAAAAUUGUAAAAUUCUUUUUUUUUAUAAGAUUGUAUAA